AUGAUGGCAAUUGUCUAUCUUAACGUUCGGAAGGAAAGCGCGAAAAUCACCUCUUUGCGUGCAUCUUUGUUGUAUUUUCCCUUUUUAGACUCUUUCCCUCCGCCAGCCAUCAUUCGCCCAGAUCAGCCGAGCCUUAUUUCGCCGUUAUGCCGCCCCAACACAGAGCAUCACCGUGCCAGCCAUGUUGAGAUUUGCAUCACCUCACCUGACCAAAAUUCUACUAUUGCCAGUGGCGUUAGCAACACUACUAACAUACACAAUAUCGCGAACACAACCAUGGCUAUCACCACCACAACUAAUUGCAACAGUGACAGUGAUUUCAAUUCUCUCAUCCACACUGUUGCUAUGCCCAUUAGCGACAUUCCUGGAUUUACAGUGAGCAGCAAUAGUGCGCGAGCCUCCUUCGCCUCUGAGGCUGAGGGCUACGAGACUGGCAUCUCAGAUGCUAGUCUACAACGCGUCGGUAGUCUUAACAGCGCUCCAGAGCGUGGAAGCCUAUCAAACAAGUUGGUUUCUCCUCCCUCUUCUCCCCCCAGCUGGUCAGGGGCAAAGAAGUCGGCUGGUGGGACAUCAUCUACAUUUGCUGCUGCCAUCAGUGGCACAAACGACGCGUUUGCCAUAUCUGAAGUUGGCUCUCGUAGUGCCAGUUCCAACGCUCCCAAAUCUGACGCACCUGGCAGCGGAUUUUCAGGAGCCUGGCAAUCGGGCCUGUUCCCAACUGGUAGUUCGGCCGGUCCGGGACCUUAUAUGGGUCCUUUAGGCGGGUCUACCCCACUUGGAAGCAACUUCUCUACUACAAAUGCAACCUCUGUCCCAGUGUCGCUAGUCUCUGCUCCAGUUGCCCCCACUAACUCUAAUUCUCCCCUAGUAGCGGCUAGCCUUCAACCAAACCGAAUCGAUGCCCCCAUUACCAAUUACCUGCCUUGGCUCAGAGGAGGAGCACCAGUGGCUCUGCAAGGGUAG